AUGGUGUCCUUAGCUCUGGACGAAUUCAAGGGCCCUCCGAAAAAUCUGGCCAACAUCACCACCCCAGGGACCAAGUUUAUCCUGCUGGGUUUCACCACCUUGGACCGCCAGAGCCGUGCGCUCACCUCGGUCUUUCUUUCCUCGGCGUACGCCGGGACACUAGCCGGCAACCUCUGCAUCGUGUGGGCCGUGCUGCGGGACCCCCGCCUCCAGCGCCUGCCCAUGUACAUCCUGCUGGGGAACUUCUCCUGGCUGGAGGUGUGCUACAUCACCACCACGGUGCCACGGAUGCUCUGCGAUUUGCUGUCCCCCGGCCUCCCCAUCUCCUUCCACGCCUGCUUCGUGCAGGUCUACUUCUUCAUCUCGAUGGGGGCCAUCGAAUGCCUCCUUCUCGCAGCCAUGGCCUGGGACAGGUACCUGGCCAUCUGCCACCCUCUACGCUACCCUGUCCUCAUGUCCCUACGCCGAUGCUGGGUGCUGGCCUCCUCUUGCUGGCUCACCGGCUUCCUGUGUCUUAUAACGCCCAUCGUCCUCAUCUCCCGGCUCUCCUUCUGCAGCCCCUACACCCUGGACCAUAUUGUCUGUGACCCAGGCCCGUUGCUUGCAGCCUCGUGCACCCCAGAUCCCCGGACGGAACAGGUCUGUUCUGCCACAAGCUCCCUCCUGAUCUUCACCACCUUCCUCCUCACCCUGACCUCCUACGGGCGGAUCCUCAAGGCCGUGAUGCGGCUGCCCACAUGGCCCGAGCGACGCAAGGCCUUCUCCACCUGCUCCUCCCACCUGGUCAUCGUGGGCCUGUUUUACGGAGCCGGCGCGGCCAACUACGUCAUCCCGGCGGCGGCGGGGGCCAGCGGGAAGGUGGUGACACUGGUCUACGUGGUGGGGACCCCGCUGCUCAACCCGCUGAUCUACAGCCUGAGGAACAAGGAGAUGAAGGCAGCCCUGAGGAGGAUCCUGAUGGGGGAGAAGCAGGGGGUUCGGCUGUGA